AUGGAGACGACGGGAGCUGACCAGCGCAAAUGCCACAACUGCGGCCAGGCGGGCCACCUCCGCCGUGACUGCCCUGAGGCACCGUCCCAGGAGGGCGGCUUCGGUGGCUACAACAGCGGCGCUGCCUGCUUCGGCUGUGGCAAGGUCGGUCACCUCAAGCGCGACUGCCCCACGAGCGCCGGCGGCCGUGCCUGCCACAACUGCGGCCAGGUGGGCCACAUCCGUCGCGACUGCCCCGAGGAGGCGCAGCCGCCCAAGUGCCACAACUGCGGCGAGACCGGCCACCUGCGUCGUGACUGCCCACAGGAGCUGCGCGAGUCGCGCAAAUGCCACCACUGCGGCCAGUCGGGCCACCUGCGUCGCGACUGCCCCGACGACAGCGGCCCGAGCGAGGACAAGUGCUAUCAGUGCGGAGAGACCGGCCACUGGGCCCGUAACUGCCCUGGAGCCAAGGCAUAA